AAAAGGAGCAAGAUUACAACCUUCCUCACGUUCAUUCUGUUCUUUUUUGAUUUUUUUGGGGGGAAGAGGAGGCAGUAGACAGCCGCUCCCUCCUACUCUUCGGAACAAACGUUAUAUUCACAUGGUUCACAUCGUGCCCAGAGAAAAUCCCUUGAGGAACUUCUGACUACUUUUUUCCCUUCGCGAAACGACAAACUACUGUGCAUAGUGUUGCGCGCCAGGGCAAUUUCGUUAAAACGGAUAAUCUGACGGUGACUAUGCGGAGUAUCAUUUGCCGUAUUUUGUGUCCGCUGCUGUUCACGUGGGUCCAUGCGCAGUAUCAGCGGAGGCCCGUAUAUCCGUGCGGUGGAAACCUAACCGGGGACUCCGGCGUUAUCGGUAGCGAAGGAUACCCGGGGGUGUAUCCUCCCAAUUCAAAAUGUGUUUGGAAAAUUACGGUCCCUGAAGGUAAGGUGGUUGCCCUCUCCUUCCAGUUCAUUGACCUGGAGAGCGACCCCCUGUGCAAAUACGACUAUGUGGACGUGUACAGCGGGCAUGCCAACGGGCAGCGGCUCGGCCGCUUCUGUGGGACCUUCCGGCCUGGUGCCCUCGUCUCCAACACCAACAAGAUGCUGGUGCAGAUGGUGUCGGACGCCAACACUGCCGGAAGCGGCUUCCUGGCCACGUUCUCCGCUGUUCUGCCAAAUGAACGAGGGGAUCGGUACUGUGGGGGACGUCUGGAUAAACCCUCAGGGUCUUUCAAGACCCCCAACUGGCCAGACAAGGACUAUCCUGCUGGGGUCUCCUGCUCCUGGCACAUCAUAGCACCUCGAAACCAGAUCAUCGAGGUGAGGUUUGAGAAGUUUGACGUCGAAAGAGACAACUACUGCCGCUAUGACCACGUGGUGAUUUUCAACGGGGGGGAAAUGGAUGACAACAAAAGGAUCGGGAAGUUCUGCGGAGACACCCCCCCAGCCCCAGUCUUCUCUGAAGGGAACCAGCUCCUGAUCCAGUUUCUCUCUGACCUGAGCCUGACCGCGGACGGUUUCAUCGGGCACUACAAGUUCAGGCCGAAGAAGUUCCGCACCACGAGCGCCCCAGCAACUACAGCCGCCCCAGUGGUCACGACCAUAGCCCCAAUGUUGAAUUACUCGGCAGCUCUUUGCCAGAAGAAAUGCAAGCGUGUGGGCACCCUUGAGAGCCACUACUGCUCAAGCAAUUUCGUGAUAACGGGCACAGUCAUCACGGCGGUGGCACGAGGAGGCAGUGCAUACGUCACCGUCUCCAUCAUCAACGUGUACAAGGAGGGGACGCUUGCCAUCCAGCAGGCGGGCAAAAAUAUGAGCGCCAAGAUCGUCAUCCUCUGCAAAAAGUGCCCCUUUAUCAGGAGAGGCUUGAAUUACAUCAUCAUGGGCCAAUCAGAUGAGGAGGGGCGGGGCAUCAUCGGCCCUCACCACUUCAUGAUGGCCUUCAAAGCCAAAAACCAGAGGAUCCUGGCUGCUCUGAAGAAACAGCGCUGCUGAACGUAUGAGAAUGUUUUUCUGCUCCAAACAACAGAUCCCAGACCCCACUCUCCAGCUGACCACACCCUAACUCUAACUCCUGGCAAUGUGUGUAAAAAGAUGAAUCUGAUCAUGGGCCACUUUCUUCCUCACAAUGCAGCACAGCAUUCAGCAUAUGGUAAAAUAUGACAUCCAAAAUAUAAGCAAUGAACAAAUAGCUACAUAUGUAGUAUAUUUUAAAUAGUUAAAUUAAUGCCACAUUCAUGUGUUCAGUUUCACAUUUAGUCAAAUAUAUAAUUUGACUGUGCAUUGUACAAUAUAUGUGUGAAACAGCACAUGUGAAAGUGAUAACAGCUGAUAUGUUCAUUUUUUUCUAAUCUAAGCAGCAUACUUCAACGUGUAUAAUAAUUUGGAUUGUAUAUUUUAACAUAGAGUACUUUGUUUAUGAGGGUUUCUUGACUGCCCACACUGUCAGUCAUCACACAAGGACAGGGCCAUAUUUGAGGAAAAAAUCAGCACAGGGGUCAGCAGUGCAAGUCUUUUGGCUGAGCAGAUCAUGUGAUUCACCUUAUUGACUUAACGUGUAUAAAAUACAGUGCACUCUGCUUAGAAGAAUCACUGAUAAUAGAAUCAGUUGCUUAUAAUGGUCAAAUUCUAUAGGAUAAGGAGGAUACAUAAACCCAUAUGAAACAUUUUGCAUUCAAGAAUAAAUCUUUUAAAAUAAUAAUAAUAAAUAAAUAAAAUGAUGGGCAAAUACAGGUCCUUUAAGAGUGCUCUACACUCUCUGUAGGUGGUGGUUCAGAGGUCAAAACAUGAAAAGCAAUCUG